AUCUCCACAUAUUUUCAUAAAUAACUCGGUUGCUUCCAUCCCAUGCUAGAUCUUCCACCGUCAAGAAAUCAAUUCAAUAUCGAAAUUUUCGCCUCGGGGAUUUGUUUAAAUCCCAACAACAAUCCGGUUUGUCACUCCGGAGCUAAAUAUAAAUAACUGUUGUACUAUGUAUUUCUUUAUGUAUUUAUAGUCAGAUGAAUUUAUUAUUCGCUGAUGUCGAGGUAGUAUUCUGCGUACCGAACUAC